AUGCUGGCCCGCGCCCCUCCGCGCAGCCAGUGGCUGCCGCCGCUGUUGCCGCUACAGCUGCUGCUGGUCCUGGGAGGCCACCGCCUGCGCGCGGAGCCGGGCGACGGCGCGCAGACCUGGGUCCACUUUGCGCGCUCCCCGCCUCCUGAGGCCGCGGGUUUCCUCCACGGCACCUUCCCCGACGGGUUCUUCUGGGCCGUGGGCAGCGCAGCCUAUCAGAUAGAGGGCGGCUGGCGGCAGCAUGGCAAGGGGGCGUCCAUCUGGGACACAUUCACCCGUCACCCCCUGGUGACCCCAGGCGACCCCUUAGUGGCCGGCGUGCCGUCGGGCGCCCCGUCCCCGUCCCCGCCCGCCACUGGGGAGGUAGCCAGCGACAGUUACAACAACGUCUUCCGAGACACAGAGGGGCUUCGCGAGCUCGGGGUCACCCACUACCGCUUCUCCAUCUCUUGGGCGCGGGUGCUCCCCAAUGGCAGCUCGGGCGCCCCCAACCGCGAGGGGCUGCGCUACUACCGGCGCCUGCUGGAGCGGCUGCGGGAGCUGGGCGUGCAGCCUGUGGUCACCCUGUACCACUGGGACCUACCCCAGCGCCUGCAGGACGCCUACGGCGGCUGGGCCAAUCGCGCCCUGGCGGACCACUUCAGGGAUUACGCCGAACUCUGCUUCCGCCACUUCGGGGGACAGGUCAAGUACUGGAUCACCAUCGACAACCCCUACGUGGUGGCCUGGCACGGCUAUGCCACCGGGCGCCUGGCCCCCGGUGUCCGGGGCAGCCCGCGGCUCGGGUACCUGGUGGCGCACAACCUCCUCCUGGCUCAUGCCAAAAUCUGGCAUCUCUACAAUACUUCCUUCCGUCCAACUCAAGGAGGCCAAGUGUCCAUUGCCCUAAGUUCUCACUGGAUCACUCCUCGGAGAAUGACAGACCAUAGCAUCAAAGAAUGCCAAAAAUCUCUUGAUUUCGUAUUAGGAUGGUUUGCCAAACCCAUAUUUAUUGAUGGUGACUAUCCUGAGAGCAUGAAGAACAAUCUUUCAUCUCUUCUGCCUGAUUUCACAGAAUCUGAGAAAAAGUUCAUCAAAGGAACAGCUGACUUUUUUGCUCUUUCCUUUGGACCAACCUUGAGCUUUCAACUAUUGGACCCUCACAUGAAGUUCCGCCAAUUAGAAUCCCCCAGUCUGAGACAACUCCUUUCCUGGAUUGACCUUGAAUAUAAUCACCCUCAAAUAUUUAUUGUAGAAAAUGGCUGGUUUGUUUCAGGGACCACCAAGAGAGAUGAUGCCAAAUAUAUGUAUUACCUCAAAAAGUUCAUAAUGGAAACCUUAAAAGCCAUCAAGUUAGAUGGUGUGGAUGUCAUUGGGUACACUGCAUGGUCCCUCAUGGAUGGCUUCGAGUGGCACAGAGGCUAUAGCAUCAGACGUGGACUCUUCUAUGUUGACUUUCUAAGCCAAGAUAAGAAGCUGUUGCCGAAGUCUUCAGCCUUGUUCUACCAAAAGCUGAUAGAGAAAAACGGCUUCCCUCCUUUACCUGAAAAUCAACCCCUAAAUGGGACAUUUCCCUGUGACUUUGCUUGGGGAAUUGUUGACAACUACAUUCAAGUCGACACCACCCUGUCUCAGUUUACCGAUCCGAACAUUUACCUGUGGGAUGUCCACCACAGCAAGCGGCUCAUUAAAGUAGAUGGGGUCGUGACCAAGAAGAGGAAAUCCUACUGCGUGGACUUCGCCGCCAUCCGGCCCCAGAUCGCCCUACUCCAGGACAUGCACGUGACGCAUCUCCACUUCUCGCUGGACUGGGCGUUGAUCCUCCCGCGGGGCAACCAGUCCCACGUGAACCGCACGGUCCUGUACUACUACCGCUGCGUGGUCAGUGAGCUCGUGCGCGCCAACAUCACCCCGGUGGUGGCCCUGUGGCGCCCCGCGGGCCUGCAUCAAGGGCUGCCACGGCCUCUGGCCAAGCACGGCGCCUGGGAGAACCCGCACACCGCGCUGGCCUUUGCGGAGUACGCCAGGCUGUGCUUCAAUGACCUCGGCCACCACGUCAAGUUUUGGAUCACGAUGAGCGAGCCCUACACAAGGAACAUGACAUACACGGCGGGGCACAAUCUCCUGAAGGCGCAUGCUUUGGCUUGGCGUGUGUAUGACGAGGAAUUUAGACCUUUUCAGAAAGGUAAAAUUUCCAUAGCCUUGCAGGCUGACUGGAUAGAACCCGCCUGCCCUUUCUCCCCAAAAGACAAAGAAGUGGCAGAGAGAGUUUUGGAAUUUGACAUUGGCUGGCUGGCUGAGCCCAUUUUUGGCUCUGGAGAUUAUCCGCCAGUGAUGAGGGAGUGGCUGAACCAAAGAAACAAUUUCCUUCUACCUUAUUUCACUGAAGAUGAUAAGAAGCUAAUCCAGGGUUCCUUUGACUUUUUGGCUUUCAGCCAUUACACCACCAUCUUGGUAGACUGGGAGAAAGAGGAUCCAGUAAAAUACAAUGACUACCUGGAGGUGCAAGAAAUGACGGACAUCACCUGGCUCAACUCUCCCAGUCAAGUGGCUGUAGUGCCCUGGGGGUUACGCAAAGUCCUGAACUGGCUCAAAUUCAAGUAUGGAGACCUCCCCAUGUAUAUCAUAUCCAAUGGCAUUGAUGAUGACCUGCAUGCCACCCAGGACAAGCUGAGGGUGUAUUAUAUGCAGAAUUAUGUAAAUGAAGCUUUAAAAGCCUACAUAUUGGAUGGUAUCAAUCUUUGUGGAUACUUUGCUUAUUCAUUUAGUGAUCGCACAGCUCCAAAGUUUGGCCUCUAUCGUUAUGCUGCAAAUCAGUUUGAGCCCAAACCUUCCAUGAAAUACUACAGGAAAAUGAUUGAUAACAACGGCUUCCCAAGCCCUGGAACUCUGGGAAGAUUUUGUCCAGAAGAAUUCACCUUGUGCACAGAGUGCAGUUUUUUCCACACCAGAAAGUCUUUGUUGGUUUUCAUUGCUUUUCUAAUUUUUGCUUUUAUUAUUUCUCUUUCCCUUAUUUUUUACUACUCUAAGAAAGGUAGAAGAAGUUACAAAUAGUCUUUAAUAUUUUCCUAUUCUUCUAUUUUGAAAUAGUUACCUGCAUAUAUCAGAUAUGAAUCAUUGCACUUCUUGGUGUUGUGAAAACUAUAGAUUUCAUUUAUCUGACUUUUGUGGUACGUGACAGUGGUUUUGAAAUGAGCACAGGUAAUUGUAAAAUACUGAAAAAUAUGCUUAACACCUGGAUUUGUCCUUUUUGGGGGGCAAUUAAAGUGACUAUCAUUUCUGCACAUUCUGUAACAAAAACAUGAGAAAUUAGAAACCAUACUAAGGCAACACUUUUACUGAAAUUGAAUGACAAGGUCAGGAAUAUUUUUAUUUGUGCUUACUCCUAAAAGCAAAGUUUAUUUUGAAAGGAAUAAUUGUAAAAAUUAGAAUAAAAAGUUAAGUCCCAAACAAUCAUCUCUCAAUAGCCAUGAUAAGACCAAAUGACCAUGCUCUGUCAAACCAAAUUUCUCUUGAGAAGGAAAAUGGCAAAAUAUAGAAGAGAUGACAAAGGCCCCAUGCUGGAAUGUUCUUUUUAUUGUAUAAGCAAUGUUUCUGCCCUAUGCUGCUAAUAAUAAUUUUCUUAUCUGGUUAAUGAUAUACUUAGCUGAGUAAAUGACAGAACUUUAUAUAUUUAUUUCAAGUUUAGUAAUGUUUAUUUAUUUUUUGGACAAUAUAUGAUUUCUCCACUCUGGUGUGGUCAUUGCAAUUCUCCCACCAUCCAAGCACCCAGAGUCCAUCACCAUAUUCCUUUGUCCUCUUCCCCCACCCCUUGCCCCCACCAUUGUCCCUUCUCUGCCACCUCACCCCAUCCCCCGUCCCUCAUGGGCAUCUCAUAUCUAUGGUUAGAUUUCAAGGUUUGUUUUGUCUGAUCCUUUGUUGUUUUUUUUUUUUUUUCCUGUGUUCCACAUAUAAGUGAAACCAUCUGAUAUUUAUCUUUUUUCAUUCUGACAUUUCACUCAGCAUAACCCCUUUUUGGACUCUUUGUAGCUUCACUAUUAUGUCUGUUAUAGAUUUCCUUUUACUUAGGUAGCUUUCUGUAUUUCUGUAUGCAUUUCCUUCUUCAAGCUUGAGAACUUUUUUAAAAAAUUAAUUUCCUGGGCCUCCCUGAGGGCGCAAGGGGUUAAGACGCAACCUAUGAAGCUAUCCGCAGCCACUGCAGCACAAGUUUGAUCCCCUGCCAGGAAGUUACCCACAUGGCGCAACAAGACCUCUCCACUUGCCUGCUGCUCCCCUCAGCAGUGUAUUUCAGUCAAUCUGCCUGUUUUGUUCCCCACUGUGUCUCUGGUGAAUCCUCUCACCCCCCGCAUCUCUGGCCUAUACCCCAGUUCUUGUAUGCAUGAAUAAAUAAAUCUUUAAAAAAUAUA